AAGUCCAAUUUUAUGAGAAAAAUUAAAUAAAUAGAUGGAUAAUUAUUAAUUAAUAUAAUAAUGAAAACAAUACCUAAAAUGUUUUAAUUAACAUUUGUUUCAACUUGUUGGUGAUAUGACGCUAUUCCAGUGUAUUAAUGUAUGUGUUAAAGAUGAAGAGAUAUAAUUUGGGAACUUAAAUUCAUAAAUUUGAUCACCAUUAUUUGGUGUAAAUAGUCAAAAUGUAAGUCUAAUAAUGGGUAUUUUUACCUUGGAAGAUUAACGGUUUAGAGAUAUUUUAUUUUACCAACUAUGAAUAUCAUGCGAAAACUGCGUGGUAGUAAUACUACCACAUCUACAACAGGCGAAAAUUCUCGUCUAUUUGAAGAAGAUUCUAGUCAACAUACUGCUCUUGGUUUAAUGCAUUUAAAGAAACUUUUUACUGAUUACAUUCAUACAUCACACCUGCUAACUGACAAAGAACGUAGUACAAAACUGUAUACUAUGAUUCCUUUAUUUUGCAAAGUUUUUGGCAGAAGUUCAUGUGCAGAAAUUAUUGAAAAAUUUUGUGACAUUAAUAGCUGGUGUUCAGAAAUGUCAGCUCUUAUGGUUGCAGAAAUCCGACAACGUGCGUCUAAUCAAUCAACAGAAACUGCUAGUAGAGCUAUUGCUAGCUUUUUAGAAAUAGAGAACUGUGAAGAAUCUAGUAAUGGAUGGAUGCUUUUAUCUACAUUAAACUUAUUAGCAGCAACUAACCAACCAUCUCUUAUAAAAAUAAUGGUAUCUGCAUCUCUUCCUUCAACAUUAGUAAAAUGUUUGUAUCUUUUUUUCGACUUGCCUCCUUUGGAGAAUGAAGAUAAAAAGACUGAUCAAAGUGAUUUUACUCCAAAAGAACGUCGUAUUUUGUUGCAAAAAAUUUUUGUGCAAAUAUUAGUAAGAUUGUGCAGUAAUCAUUUACCAGCUGAAGAAUUAGUCACUAAAGAUGAUUUAUCUUUAUUAUUCUCUGCUAUUACAAGUUCUUGUCCGUCUUAUAAUGCUGUAUGGAGGAAAUCUUCUGCUGAAGUUUUAAUAACAAUUUCACAACAUGGAAUUACACCAAAAGUUAUACAGUAUAUUCAUGGAAAGAACUGUAUUGAAUUGUGUGUUGAAAAUAUGCGACAAUGUGUAGAUUUAAGUCCAUUAGAAGUAGUUGAUAUGUUUGUUACUGUAUCUUAUUUUUUGAAAGAUUCAUCUGAGAUAUCACAAGUAUUACUUGAUGACUUUAAUACAGCACAAGGUUAUAAAUUCCUAUCAGACUUCCUUGUCAGUUUGGAAAAUGAUGAAUCUAGUGAAGCCCUUGAAGCGAUGAGGAAUCUUGUAUUGAUAAUUGCAUCUCUUUCUAUGAGUGGUUAUAUUGAACUGAAACCAAAUCAAGAACAACCUGACUCAUUGUUACAACUUUUGGGAUUUACUUUACCUCAACCUACCGGGCGUGGACAAAGUGUACGGAAUAUAUGUGCAUUCAAUGUUCUCCAAACUACAUUUAUUCGAUCUGAUUCUAGUGCAUUAUGCUGUACAAUUCUUGAUGCAAUAUCAAAUGUUUAUCAUUCUGAUAAUGCAAAUUAUUUUAUAUUGGAACCACAAAAUACAUUGCCAGAAUUUACUGAACAUAUACAUUUAAAAAAUCAACAGAUACAAGAUAAAUUUUUCAAGCUCUUAGAGUUCAUCGUUUUUCAACUUAAUUUUGUUCCAAUUAAAGAAUUAGUUUCAAUGGCUCAGUUAUUAAAAACAUGUAGCUCUACGGAAUGUACUAGAGUCUGUUUACAGACUCUAUUAAAUAUACUUAAGCACAAUAAUACAUUUAAAGAUGUAUUUAGAGAUGUUGGAAUACUUGAGGGAUUAUCAAACAAUUUAAGAAAUUACACUCAAGACUAUCUCUCCGAUUGUGAAUCAAAAGAUGAGAAACACGAUGGUGAUCUAAAACGGGUGAUCAACUUAACUGCAGAAUGUUUAGUUAAUCUUAUGAUAUCUUCGCCAAAAAAUUGUAAAGUUUUCAAAGAAUGUGGCGGUGCUCAAGUACUAUAUAUUAUACUUGAAUAUCCAUCAACUCGUCAAUAUGCUACAGCUAUAUUACGAGAAAUGAUAUUAAGCACUGGCGGUGAAGAAGAAAUGUCUACACUUUUGGGCACCCUCCAUACAGCUGAUAAUACUUGUUUACCAUUAAAAUCUAGUAUUUUAAAAUUAUUUCUGAGUUGUAUGAAAGAAAGUCACCGUACAAGAACCAUGUUUCGUAAAGUAGAUGGAUUUGUUUAUGUAAUAAGUGCAUUGGUGUCAAUGGAAGGCUGGUUUUCAGAUGAAAAACGUGUUGAUCAAGAAGCUUUAAAAUUUGCUUACAUAAUUUUUAAUACAAUUACCAUAGCUAUGCGCUUUGAACCAGCAAAUGCAAAAUAUUUUCACCAAGAAAUUUGUUUGACAAGUUUAUGUGACACAUUAAGAUUAUUAGGUUGUUUUUCAAAUGAAAUUCAACUAGAUGACUAUAUUGAUUUAAUAACUACAUCAUUAGAAGAAAAUGUUUUUCAUAACAUAUUCACAAGCAACACUAUCAACCCUGUAAUUACUGACAAUGUUCCAAAGUUUCUUUCUUAUGCCUGUAUAAUAAUGAGAAUGCUAUAUGAUGUUGCUCUUGAUUUAUAUGAUAAACAGAGUAAUACCACUGUUGUAUCAUUUAAAUCACCUGCCCAUAGACGAUACAGCGAAGUGGCUACAAAACCUUUAGAUUGUCAAAAUAAUAAUCGUCGUGCAAUACAACUCAACUUAACUCCUCCUGCACCAGAUCCUAUUAUUGUUCAUGCUGGCGUUGUUAUUGCUAUGUUACAACUACUACCAUCAAUUUAUAAUCCAACAGCUCCUAAGCUAUCACUUACAUUGCAAGUUUAUAUAGGUGAAGUAAUCAGAUCUUUAGUUCGUGGUGAAAGAAAUCAACAGCUUCUAUGUGAUUCUGGAUUUCCAACUACUGUCUUAAAAGUAGGACGAAUAGCAUUAUUGGAAGAAACUCAUCCACUUCAUACAGUGUUUCAGUAUAUGUUAGAGCGUUUAGCUAUUCAGCUAUUAGAACCAAAGGAUUUGCGAGAAUUUUUGAGACUUGGAGAACCCCUUUGUUGUGUCCCAUUAGAUUUACUAGACUGUUGGAUAAGUCACAGUAGUAAAAAACCAGGUGGAACAGUACCACUAAGCCGUGUUAAAACUCUUGUAUCUAUGACUACCCCUAGAGAUCCUUGUAUGCUUGCACUACCUCCGUUUUUUGAAAUGGAUUUGUCUUCUGAGGGUUUUGGAUGCUUAUUUUUACCCAGUAUUGCUCCACAGUCUCCAAUUAGUGGACCCUCAGUUGUUAAUGUCGCUACAUUAACUACUCCUGAUAUGAAUGUAAUUGGUGGAAUAGGAACUGGUGACCGAAUGUUUCCGCCUCAGAGUGGUCUUAGCUAUUCAACAUGGUUGUGCGUUGAAAAGUUUUCAGAACCAAGAAGUGACCCUCACCCUGUCCGACUUCUAACCUUAAUAAGAAAUGUGCAAAAUACUAGAGACCAUUUAGUGUGUUUAGCGGUAGUGUUGUCUGCUCGAGAUCGAGCACUUACCAUAUCCACUCAAGAGACUCCAAUAUCAAUGACAAAUGCUGAUUGGGAGCCAGAGGUCAUUGGUGAUUCAUGUGUAAGAAUUUGGUAUCCAGAUUUUGUACAAGAAGGACAGUGGCAUCAUAUUGUAUUAGUUUUAAAUAGAGCCGUAUUAAAAAAUUCAUCAUUUUCUUUGUAUAUGGAUGGUCAACAUGUACAUACUCAAAAACUACAUUAUAUAUCUCAAAAUCCAGGUGGUGGUGCAGCUAACUUAACAAUUGCAUCUUCUGUUUACGGAUACAUAGGAACUCCUCCAAUUUGGAGAAAAUAUUCAAAACUGACAUGGAAACAAGGGCCAUGUUGUUUAUUAGAAGAGGUAUUAAAUCCUCAUGCUAUAAAAAUUUUGUAUCAGCUUGGUCCUCAUUAUUUUGGAAGUCUACAAGCACCUGAUAUUAAAGAUUUAGAACAUAUUGGACCAUUGGUAUCUGAAGAAAAAGUAAUUUUUGGAUUGAAUGCAAGGGCAGUUUCUCAAUUAACUUUGGCAAAAAUACGAAAAAUAUAUAGUAGAGUGGAUAGCAAAUCAAUUGCAAAACAGCUUGGGAUGUCCACUCACGAAAAUGCUACUCCUAUUCGUAUAAUGCACAACACAGCUGGACAUUUAGCUGGUUCAGCUAGAAGUUUAGGUGGUGUUAUAUUAGGGUAUUUAGGAGUACGCACAUUUUAUCCCCGUCCAGUUUUAAAGUUGAUUGAUAACAUUGGAGGCUGUUCUGUAUUAUUGGGAUUAAUUGCAAUGGCAAGAGAUAUGGAAAGCUUAUAUGCUGCUGUUAAAGCUUUAAGUGGAGUACUACAUUUAAAUAUGACAGCAAAACGAGAAAUGGAACGUAGGCGUGGAUAUCAACUCUUAGCAUUAUGUCUACGUAGGCAUAAACACAUGUUAAAUGCCCAUAUUCUACACAUCAUAUUGGAUUUAGUUAUAACAACUAGAAGUGUUGAAGCCCCUACUAUACCAGAUGCUGUUGCAUUUAAUGAUUUGAUUUGCGAGUUAAAUCUUUGGCAAGAAGUUCCAGCUGGUCUUUUACGAUCACUUAUUGAACAGUUAUAUGAAUUGGUGUCCGACUCAAAUGAAAAAAGAAACAAUUUAAUUAUAUUAAGAAAUAUGGAAAUGGUUCGUAAAAUGGUGAACUUUUUACCAAUUGUUUUUAAUACUUCUACUUCAUCGACUACAGAAGUAUUGUUUUCAUUACUUGGAGCACUUUUAGCAAAACACCCAUUAACUGAAGAUUUAUUAUGUCUUGGUCAGUAUAUUGUGUUCACAUUGAACACUGGCCUCAGUACAGAAUCAAGUCUUAGAGUUGAAGAGUUUGAAACAAGAACAAAGACAAUGGAAAAUAAUGCUGAAUUGACUAAUGAAGAAAAAACCAUUUGUCUAAUAUUAUUACGUAAUCGUUAUCUUCAACUUGUACACUCUCUUUUGUUCACUAAUAAAAACUUAGUUUGUACUGGGUUCUGUGAUGAUCUUGUUCGGGUUUUAGGAUUUGACUGGGUACUGUUAUUUAUGCAAUCAAAUAUACAUAGUUCUUCAAUAAUUUGGACUUAUAAAAUCCUUACUACAUUGUGUUCUGUACCUUCAUUAUUGGUAAAAUUUAGAGAAGCAUCUAGUAAUGGUGGUUGGCUGUUAAAUACUGAACUUUUGCAAAAUAAUAGAGCAAAUUUAAUGCUAAAUUACCAACUUUCUCCAAGCUUACAAAAGAACAAUAAAGACAUACUUAACAAAAUGGAAGCAUUGAACAUACCAGGUUUUCAACAUCUAUCUUGGUUUUUAUCUUAUCAUACUGAACUUCCUGAACUGUAUUAUUUUCUAAUGGCUUUAAUGUUGGGACAACCAGCUAAGACAAUUCCUAAUGAAAAAAAACUGAAUCUUGAUGGCAUUUGGAUUUUUAUGUUUGGUGUUCCAAUUAGUCAAUCACUUUCAGCUGUUAGUGAUCGUAUUGUACUGUGUCCAGAAGCUGUCACUGCUCUUUUGUCAACUGUGAGAUUAAUCUUGAACCAAGAUAACAGAGAAAUUAAAUAUGAAGAAUGGUUAGAAGAUCAUCCAGUGACUAUAAUUCAGUUUCUUUUUUACCUGUACCAUAACUUGCCAGAUUGGAUGCCAGCAUUCAUGACAUCUGACAUUUUACAUUCCUUAAGUGCAACACUUUUUCCAUUUACAAACUUGAACUUAAGUGAACCAUCCACACCAAUUGAUGACUGUUUUAUAAAAACACCAGAUGGAACUGCUCCUUCAAUUGUUCAGAAAGAACAAUCAUUAACUGUGCAUCCUUCUAGAAAAUUUGUUAUUGAUUUCUUAAGAGUAAUUGUUGUUGAUUCACUUCUAUUACCAAUAAAUAGCAAAUCAUUACCGCCCCUAGAUUUAGUUCUUGAUGCUUCGCCAGAAGGUGCAACUUCAUCUCAAGUAUCCAAGUACCAAACUGAACUGCUAUCAACAUUAAUGGAUCACUUGUUAGCUGCUGAUAUUAUGAUUGGAGAACAAGCUGCUGUGUCCACUGUUCCUGGUGGUAGCGCUCAAAACAUUCCUCAAAAUGUUUGUUAUUUAACAUGCCGUGUCGUUGACAAACUAUGGCAGGGUGUAUUAAUAAAAGACGCACAUGAAGUAUUUGAUUUCAUUAUGAAAUUAAUUGUUCAAGCAAAACGAAGACCAUGUUCUGUACCCAUGGAAGGAUUUUACCAUUGUCUUAAUAGAACUACUUUGUAUUUGCUUUCAAGAAAUACGGAUUCUAUUGCCUCACAAAUGCCAGUUUUGGAAGCAUUACACAAACUUACCACUAAUAGAACAUUAGUAUUUGGAUCUGGCAAUCAUGAACUGGAUUUUAUUGGGUGUCUUAUUUAUUGUUUAUUGCAGUUGACUUCUGAUAUGAAAAUAAUACUGGAUACAAAUGCAAAAACUACAUGGCAUAUAAAUCCAAAUCAAACUGCAGAGGUUGAAGAACAAACAGCGAAACAAGGACAUAAUUUGAUGGCAGUUGCUGCAAAACGUGUUUGGGAAGAAUUGUAUAUAUCAAAAAAGCCAGCUAUUGAAGAGGUUUUCAAAAUUCCAUUACCAAUGUCACCAAAUAACAAAGCUCCAGAUCUACAUUCUGUUCGUGAACUUAUUUAUGAGAUUGCUCAAAAACAUUGGUUAACUUAUAUUGACAUGGAGAAAAAAUCAUUGUAUAAAAUGCCUUGGGAACUUCAAACACAAAUUCAAUCAAAAAUACAGAAAGUUACUGGUGGCUUAACUAGACUUGCAUCCCGUGGCAAAGUACUUAGACGUGAUGAAAGCCGUUGGCAAAGUGGAAGUCUUUCAAGUAUUUCACUACCAUUAUCAAGAAUUACUAAAAGUGAAUGGUCUACAUGGGCUAACCAUGGUUUAAAUGCAGUAUGCGAAUUGGUUUCUAUGCAAAUGGCACGGCAAGCUCAACAUCAAUCAUUUACUGUGCGUUAUGUUCUGGAUCAAUGGUAUUUAAUAGAACAAGAAUUAACUAGGGAAAGAGGACUUUGGGGUCCUUUUACAUCCUGCAAAUUAGACAAGUGGAUAUUAGAUAUGACAGAAGGUCCGUGUAGAAUGCGUAAAAAAAUGGUAAAAAACCAUCAGUUCUAUAGUCAUUACCCAUAUCGACCAGAACUUGAGUCUGGAGACAAUAAAGGAUUAAAGUAUCGUGUGGCUACAAGUUAUGAUAGCAAAGAGUUUUGUCAAAAAUAUAAAUUACCGACAUUAAUCGAUAUGGAAAAUUUAGCUCCACAAUCUAACGAAAAUAAUAAAUUUAUAACACAAAUUGUCGGUCAAGAUACCUUUGACUUUGACAAAAAUCUAGAUGAUAAUGAAUUACCAUUCAAAGGGUUAAAAAGAGUUGUUAGAAGAUCAACAUCUGAACCAGAUGAUGGAAUGGAUGAUAAUGACACAGAAAGUGGAAUUGAAGAUCAAGCACCGCCAGAUGACAAUCAUACAAUUAUUAGACUUUUGGAACCAAAUGAAAAAAUUAGUCAUAUGUUUCGGUGUGCAAGAAUUCAAGGUCUAGACACAUAUGAGGGUUUACUUUUGUUUGGUAAAGUCCAUGUCUAUAUUGUUGAUGGUUUUACCUUACUUAAAACUAGAGAAAUUAGAGAUAUUGACACUUUAUUACCUAAUUCGUAUGAGCCAUUAUUACCAAGUCCUGGAAAUGGAAGUCCAAAUCGUGUGCGCAUUAAAAAACAAAGUUCUAAGUUUUCAUAUGAUGAUAUAAGGGAAGUGCAUAAAAGACGAUAUUUAUUACAACCAAUUGCUGUAGAAUUGUUUUCUGCUGAUGGACGUAACCAUUUAUUGGCACUACCAAAAAAACUAAGAAACAAAGUUUUUAAUAGAUUCAUGGCAUAUUCAACAUCAAUUGCAGACAAUGCUCAACAAUCAGUUGCUGGGCAAAAAAGAACCGCAAAUGUUGAACAAAGCACAAGCCUUCUUUCAAACCUUAUGGGGGAAACAACAGUUACCCAAAGAUGGGUGAAAGGUGAAAUAUCUAAUUUUCAAUACUUAAUGCAUUUAAAUACAUUGGCUGGACGAAGUUACAAUGACCUUAUGCAGUAUCCAGUAUUUCCUUGGAUACUAAAUGAUUAUGAAUCUGAUGUACUCGACUUUUCAAAUUCUGCCAUUUUUAGAGACUUUUCUAAACCAAUGGGCGCUCAAUGCCCUCAACGUCUUGAGCAGUUUUUAAAAAGGUACCGUGAAUGGGAUGAUCCUCACGGUGAGACUCCUCCAUAUCAUUUUGGUACCCAUUAUUCUUCAGCUAUGAUAGUAUGUUCAUAUUUAGUUAGAAUGGAACCAUUUACUCAGCAUUUUCUCAGACUACAGGGUGGACAUUUUGAUUUGGCUGAUCGUAUGUUCAAUAGUAUUCGAGAAGCAUGGUUAUCUGCUUCAAAAACUAACAUGGCUGACGUCAAAGAGCUUGUACCAGAAUUCUUUUAUCUACCAGAGUUCUUGGUUAAUUCUAAUAAUUUUGAUUUGGGAUGUAAGCAAAAUGGAGUACAAUUGAAUGAUGUAGUUUUACCUCCAUGGGCCAAAGAUGAUCCUCAUGAAUUUAUUCGAGUACAUAGAGCAGCUCUUGAAUCAGAAUAUGUAUCUCAGCACCUUCAUGAAUGGAUAGAUUUAAUAUUUGGCUACAAACAGUUAGGCCAACCAGCUGUACAAGCUUGUAAUCUUUUUCAUCAUUUAUUUUAUGAAGGAAAUGUUGAUAUAUACAGUAUUGAUGAUCCAUUAAAGAAAAAUGCAACCAUUGGAUUUAUAAAUAAUUUUGGUCAAAUUCCAAAGCAGCUUUUUAAGAAACCUCAUCCGAAUAAAAAACAACCAACUAAUAAAGCAUCAAUGCUUGAUGCUGCUAAUCCAAUUUUAAGUUCCAGUACUAAUUUGAGUUUGGGCGACAAACUUUUUUUUUAUCAUUUAGAUAACUUAAAACCAUCAUUACAACCAAUCAAAGAACUAAAAGGUCCCGUUGGUCAAAUUCUCCAAGUUGAAAAAAAUGUAUUAGCAGUUGAACAGAAUAAAGCAUUAAUGCCACCAAAUUUCAAUAAGACUAUAACUUGGGGUUUCGCUGAUCAUAGUUUAAGAUUAGCACAGUAUGAAACUGAUAAACCAAUUGUAAUCUGCGAAAGUUCGAGUCAAUCACCUGGUGAAAUUGUAACUUGUGUAUGCCCUACAUCUAAGACUGUUAUUACCGCUGGAACUAGCACAGUAUUAACUGUAUGGGAGUUGGAUUUAAACAACAAGUAUUUAAGAAUUGUGGAUAAUCUGUAUGGUCAUACAGAAGCUGUGACUUGUUUAGCUGCUAGUGAUACAUAUAAUAUUGUUGUUUCUGGUAGCAGAGAUUGUACAGCUAUAGUUUGGGAUUUAUGUACAAAAGCAUUUGUGAGACAAUUAAAGAAACAUAACGCUCCAGUUGCAGCACUAGCGAUUAAUAACUCAACAGGCCAAAUAGCUUCAUGUGCUGGUACUAUGUUACAUGUUUAUACUAUAAAUGGUGAAGAAUUAGCUAAUGUAGAUACAAGUGUUGGACGAGCUGAUAGAAUGCAACAAAUAUUAUGUGUAGCUUUUUCUCAAGCUAUCGAUUGGGAUCCUCAAAAUGUAAUUAUCACUGGGUCAUCGGAUGGAGUUGUUCGAAUGUGGUCUAUGGAAUAUGUGCAAGUUCCUAAAGUUCCAUUGAAUACCUCGUCAAUGGAAUCUUCUGUAUUAAAAGAAUGUAGUGAUGAAAAGAAUAACGAUGUUGGUGAGCAUUGUUGUAUAUUAAAAACACGGACAAUUGCUGUUCAGAGACUGGUCAAACAAUUAAGUAUAUCAUCAGAAACUAUUAAUGAACAAGGAUCAGUAAUGAAAAGUGGGUCUGAGAGUAGUCUAUCAGAACAGGAGCCAAAAACCCCUAUAAAAAAAAUUGCCAGAGCAGAUAAAAUUGUUUUUGCUGACGAAAACGAUUCAACACCCCCAGUUCCCAUUAUGAGGAAAAAAAGGGCAAUGAAACCUAAUCCAUUGCUUCGAAAAUCUGAGUGUAGCACAUCUAGUUCAACUGAUGAGCCAAAUAUUCAACAAGAAUCUUUAACAGUCACUGAUUCAGUAUUAAGAUUAAGUAAAAGUGAAACUAAUCUCAUAGAAUCAUUUGUUGUUGUUGACCAAGAUGAUUUGAGCUUAAAAACUAAACCUGUCAGUCCUUUACAUAGAUUGAGAGAUGGGUUUCAGUGGCAACGUCAGUUAGUGUUUCGCAGUAAAUUAACUAUGCAUACGGCUUACGACCGUAAAGACAACACUGAGCCAGCUUCAAUAACAUGCAUAUCAAUUUCAAAAGAUCAUCGGACAGUAUAUAUUGGUGAUGCCAGAGGACGAGUCUUUACAUGGAAUGUAGCUGAGCAUCCAGGGAAAGGUGUGGCUGAUCAUUGGUUGAAAGAUGAAGGAGCUGAGCAAUGUAAUUUGUGUGAUGUUCGAUUUUCAUUGUACGAAAGACGACAUCAUUGUCGUAAUUGUGGACAAUUAUUUUGCUCAAAGUGUAGCAAGUAUGAAUCUGAAAUAUCAAGAUUACGAAUACUGAAACCAGUACGGGUGUGUAAACCGUGCCACACAUCAUUGCAGCCAGCCAAACACACUUAGUUCCUAAAAUCUAUGUUAAGGACAACAGAAAUGAAUACUGAUCCAAAAGAUGAUUUGUUAAACUUUUGAACCAAGGCCAAGGCUUGUAAAUUCUACAUACUGUGCCAUGCUGACAAGUAACAACAAAUAAUUGUAUUUUUAAUAACCCACCAAAUUUCUAGUCUUUAUUGACAUUUUAUAUGAAGAAGUAUUAUUUUAAAUUGUUACCAUAUAUUCUCAUAGCAGUUUGACAAUAAUUUAAAUAUUUUAUAUGAAAAAAAAAUCUGUUGAGUCUCCAUUAGCCAUAGGUUUUGGAAAUAUAUUUAUUUAUGUAAAUUAUCUCCCAUUUUAAUUUCUUAAAUGUGAAUGCCAGUAGAAAAUCUUACAAAAUUCAACAAUUUGAUUAGUUAUAUUCAGUGGCGUCCAUCUAAUGUUUCAUGUGUUGAUUCAAGAAUAUGUUAUCGUGUUAACAUUAAUAUUUGAAUAAAAAUAGUAUCUAACAGUUUUCCCUGAAAUAGUUUUUUAGUAUAUUGAAUAUAACAUGUAUGUAGAACAUGGCUGGUGAUAGGUAUUAUAUAGAUAUUCUCUAUACAUAUUUUCUAAGAUAUCUACUAUGAUUAUAGUGUUAAAUAACAGUGAAUACAAUAAUUUUCUUUUUACAUUUUUUGGGAAUUAAUAUGAAUUUUUAUUAGGUCAGAUCACUGCUGUAAUCGUUAAUUAUUAUUAUUUUUAUUUUUAAAAAUUUGUUAUUUAUUUGUUUUUUAUGUUUCUUUAAAAUUAAUGAUGUGCAAGUUUUACCUAUUAGUUUCCGUCCAAACAAUUUUGUACAGAUAUUACUUAUAAUAAUAUCGUGAUUUUUCAAUUCAUUGUUCUUUGAUCAAAUGUAUCCAAAAUCUAAUAGGUUAAACUUAACUUCAUAUUUUUAAAGUAUUAUUAUAUAUUUUUUUUAAAUUUUAUAUAUUUACAAUGUCACCUGAAUUUUAUAUUAUUAUUUACUAUCUAAUUUUAUUUGAUUAUUUCAGUAUAAUUGUCUUGUUUGUUGCAUGUUAUUAUUUAUCUAUUUAAAAAUAUUUCAUUAAUGUAUAAACUAUAAACUUCACAAACUAAGGUAUAGUAUUUUGUAACUAUUAGUUUGUGAUAACUCCAUCAACUAAAAAGUUUGCUUUAUAUUAUAAUAUAUAGGUAAGACAUACUUGUAAAAUAGAGCACAAACACAAACAAUAUGACUAUGAUGAAUCUUAUUUUAAUUAUUAUCGAAUGCGUGUACUUUUUUAAAACUAUUAUUAGUUGAUACAUAUUGUAUGUACUAGCGCACACGAGUUUUUCUCAUUUUUUUCAACAAUUAUUUCACAAAAAAUAUUUAGCUUUUUAUGACCAAAAAAACUACUUACUUAAUUUUUCAUCUUUUCAAGUCUUAAAAAUGUGCAACUUUUGUAUCCACUUUUAAUUAAUUUCCAUCCUUUUUUACUUCAAUACUCAUUUUAAAUUUCUGUUAUUUACCCUUCCCUUUUCACAUUCUAGCGCAAACUAGUUUUUCUAAACUUUUUCCACAACCCUAAGAAUCUAAAAAUUGAAUGAGAAUUCAACUAAAUUUUUAUAGUGAAUAUUUACCUAUUUUUAAAUCUAAAGCAAACUUUUGUAUCCAAAUUAUUUUCUACCGAUAUAUACAGAUGAUGAUUUUCAUCAAAUUUCUCUUAUACUAUAUGUUCUGGGUAACCUCUGUUUCUGUACACUAGUCGAACAUUUCAUUUAAAAUGGUCAGAAUUUGUAACAAAUUGCUCGUCAUAAUUGUCCUUAAUUACUUUCUGUGUUACUCAUUAUUUCAAUAAAAAUUGAUUAUGUUCAGCCAGACUGCUCUAUCAAGUUUAUUUUUUCAAUCAUAGCAUUGUCUAAUGAAUCACUGAAAUAUUUAUCUCAAGAUCUAACUGUUUCCUGAUUGGUUAGAAAAAUCUACCUUCAAAGUUUUAAUACCAGAUCAUGGGGUUAUUAAAGAAUUUCAGGACUUAUUCUUCGAAUUUUUAAUUGAGGACCUGUUUUUAUUUAGAUACCUGGAAUUCACUCCAGAGAAAUCACCAACAGUUAACCACAUGUUCCUUGCAUUUGCUCAAUAGGAUCUGAAAAUAAACAAAAUAAACAUCUAACAAUAUCUACCAAAUAUUUGUUAUACCACGUCAAAGUUGUGAAAUUAUUGGGAUUAAAAACUACAAAUUUGUAUCUUUAAUUUUUUUUUUUUAAAAAGACAACAGUAAAUUUAUUUCAUAUAUUGAGUUAUUCUUUAGAUAUUUAUUUGAGUUUAAGACAGCACGUUCUACGUAACCACAAAGGGAAGAUGUUUUCCUUUCGAUUAUCAAUAGUUCUCCCUUCAAGCUGAAUCUCAAGUGUGCUUUAGAACAAAAAAUGCAUGUUUAUGACAGUUAACAAAGUUAUUGUACAUACAACACUAACAGUUAGAAAACAAUUUAUAACUUUAUUCUUUUAACUACAUUUAUCCAGCGCUUGCUAAGUUAAUUUUGCAAAAGUCUAAAGAAAAAGAAAGCUAAAAUAACACUGUUGUCUGUUAGAUGAUUCUAAAAACCGAACAAAUAUCCAAAACUGAAUAAUUAUUUACUGACAUUAUCAACAGUUCGUUAUAAAAAAAAUAAAGUCAACAAUUAGCUAGUAAAUCUUAUCUUUUUUGAGAUUGUUGUUCUUUUCUCGUAAAAUAAAGGCUUUCUUUUGAAGUAUAAAAACAAACACAGAAUAUAAAAAGUAUGUAAGUAGGUCCUACUAGGAUUUUUUCUAUGGAAUUUUGUGGCUAAUGAAGUAACGAUGAAACUUCAAACUUCAGGAGGCCAAAUAAUAGUAUCAAUAACAAAAAAAUAUCUAUAUUUCAAAUAAUUAACUAGUUUUUGUGUGUAUUUGAUAGGUAGUAAUUUUUUGAAUUUGAUUUAUGGAAAUUAAUUGAAAACAAAUAUUAAUAUUAACCUGCAUUGAUAAUUUAAAAUGUAUGUAAAAUUGUGGGUAAUGAACAUUUUAGGACUUGAAGUAAUUUAAGGGUUAAUAUAUUCUAUUUUUGAUUUAAGAACAUAAAAAAUAUUCACUGUGAAAACUUUGAUGGAGUUUUGAAUUGAUGGGUUUGCUGCUAAAAUCAAGAAAAACUAUAGUAUGCCUAGGCAUCACAUGAAAAGAAAAGAAUUCAAUAACUGAAAUUUGGAAUGAAUACUUACUGAAAUUGAAAAAUAUGAAAUAUGAAAUGUUUGUAAAUAUGUAAGAAAUUGAUUGAACGUUGAAAAUUGCAACAUUUCAAUACUUGAAGGGUUGAAAAAUUAAGGAAAAAGAAGCAUUGUUUUGUCUAAAAAAAGCUAAAUAAUCUUUGCAAAUAAAGGUUGAUAUUUGAGAUUUUUAAGUAUCUUGAAAUAUAAUUAAAAAUUAAGAACAACUGUUGUGCGCUAUUUAAAAACUCGAGUGCGUUACUAAUAAAUAAUAUACUUUUGUGUGUCAUCUUCUAUUAUUUAUUUACAAUUAUAGAAUAUAAUUAACAAAAAUAUUAGUUAUAGAUACGAGGUAUAAUAAAAUAUUUGAUUAUAGUAAUAAAAUAUAUGAUAUUUUUUUAGAACUUGAGGAGACACAUAUAAUCUAAAAAUAGUAUAUUAUAUUUAUACCUACUACACUAUAAAGAGUCUAAUGUGUUGUAAUUUUUAGUUCAAGACAAUUGGUAUAGGUAAUGAACUGAAUAAUUUACUUCAUUUAAUCGUUGGAUAGUUUUUAAUGAAAUUAAUCUGUGAUAAACAAUUGAAAUAAUGUGUUUUAACAAAUCAAUAACUUUGUAGGUAUUAUGCCAAUACAAACAUACCUAACAGAUUUUAAAAUGUUGUAUCUUAAGUUUUACUAUGUAGAAUAGUUUAUGAUCAAGCACAAAGAAUAACAUAUUUAUUUAUGUGAUAGUAAAAAAAUUAAGAUACCCUUAUUAUUACUGUCUAAUAAGAGAAAUUAUAAAUCAUGAGUGGCUGCACACAUGCUGUGGCCUGUUUUGAAAUUUUUGAAGUAGAAAAAUCAGUCUUACUGUCCAAGACCACGUUUUUCACAGGUAAUUUCUCUAAAAUAAUAUUUAUGUACUUCCCAGACCUUUAGCAUUUGUGUUGUAUAAAAAUCUAAUUGACAUUAAUUGAUGAUUUGAUUGAAUUGAACCAAUCGUUGUCACUAUUUAAACAUUUAAUGUUCUAAAUACUGUUCAUUAUUUAAGGUUACUUUUAACUUUUAUGAACAAUUAUGUGCAAUUGGUGUCUGGUAUACAGUAGUUAUUGUUUUAUGAAUUUGGAUAAUAAUGAUAAUAUACUUUAACUAAGAUGGUCUUAGACUUGUGUGGUAUAGGUGCUUAUGAAUGAAAUUCAGUCAAUAAUAAUUUACACAACAUAUACCUAUAGGUAUAUAUAUAUAUAUUAUUAGGUAGGUUAUGAUUUAUAGGUACUAUUAGAUAGGUACCUAUCUAAUUGUAUUUAUUAUUUAUAAACUAAUUUAUUAAAACCAUAAAUCUGUUAUGUGUCAGUUAAAAUUUAAAAUGAAACAAUUCACAUGGUUUGAACUAUACAAGUACCUAUGUUAGUAAAGAUUCAUCAAGUUAUAUUUGUUUAUCAAUACAACUAACAAUAAUAAUACAGUUUAUUGUUUGCUUUAUGAUUAUUUUUGUUACCAAUAUAUAAUAUGUAUUAUUUCUGUUUAGCAAUAAGUAUGCAUAGACAAAUAGCAUUACACAUUGAAUUAACAUUUUUAGGUGAACAGCAUUAUGUUAGAAUUAUGUUAAGUAAUUGGUAUUAUUCAAUAGCCAAACUUUAUACAAAAAAUAUGAAACAUUUAUGCAUUUAAAUAAAUAAUCAUGUGAUGUCGUUAAUUUUGUUUAUUAACUAUACAUGCAUUUUAAAAUCAAUCAGAAAUCUUACCAUAUGACUGAUAUGAUAGGUAAUUAGAAUAUUAUUGAAAUUAGAGGUUUGAAAUAUGUUUAAUAAAGUACCUAUUGUGGUUUCA